AUGGAACGGAAUGGAACGGAAUGGAACGGAAUGGAACGGAAUGGAAUGGAACGGAAUGGAACGGAAUGGAACGGAAUGGAAAGGAAUGGAUCGGAAUGGAACGGAAUGGAACGGAAUGGAAAGGAAUGGAUCGGAAUGGAACGGAAUGGAACGGAAUGGAACGGAAUGGAACGGAAUGGAACGGAAUGGAACGGAAUGGAACGGAAUGGAACGGAAUGGAACGGAAUGGAACGGAAUGGAACGAAAUUGAACGGAAUGGAACGGAAUGGAACGGAAUGGAACGGAAUGGACCGGAAUGGAACGGAAUGGAACGGAAUGGAACGGAAUGGAACGGAAUGGAACGGAAUGGAACGGAAUGGAACGGAAUGGAACGGAAUGGAACGGAAUGGAACGGAAUGGAACGGAAAGGAACGGAAUGGAACGGAAUCAAACGAAAUGGCACGGAUUGGAAUAGAAUAA